UCCGUUCGGUCACUCGCGAUCUGGAGAGCUCCUCUCCAUCUACCUGAGAAAAAAGUUCUAAUUUUAGAAUAAACUCAAAUUAAAUUUAAAACUUUAAUUGGGGUCAAGGAGAGUGAAAAAUCAAAAUGCGUAAUUGCGGGCCGAGUUUAAUAAAAUAUGUAUUAUUUGCCUUUAAUGUUUUAUUUGCGAUCUCCGGCCUGGGUAUUCUUAUAGCCGGCGCUGUUGUCCUGGCCGAUGUCAAUGAAUUCAAUCAUUUUGUGGAAGGACGUGUCUUGGCUCCUCCUAUAGUCCUUAUAGUGACGGGUCUUAUUAUAUUCCUGAUCGCUUCCUUGGGUUGCUUUGGUGCCAUCAAGGAGUCGCCAACGCUACUGCUGACGUUCGCCGUCCUCCUGGCCGUCAUCUUUAUUGUGGAACUAGCAGUGGGCAUUGCAGCCAGCGUUUUCAAGAAGGACCUCGAGAUGAUGGUUAAGAACUCCCUCCAGGAGUCCAUCAAGCGUUCCAACAGCGAGGACACAAUGGCCUGGGACAACAUCCAACAGAAGCUAAUGUGCUGCGGCGUGGACUCUCCUGCGGAUUGGAGGACACUGAGUGCGAAUAAAACCCUGCCGGCCAGCUGUUGUCAGCCGCAGUAUAUCGACACCACUGUGGGCCACUGCACCGACUCACCGGCUCUGGGCAGGGACAAGUUCUUCCAGGAUGGCUGUGUGGGCAAGCUGAAGGCUCGAAUUGACAAGAAUGCGGUUAUUUUGAUAGGCGUGGGCAUAGGCAUAGCCUUUAUCCAGAUAUUGGGCAUAGUGCUGGCCUGCUAUCUGGCCAGUUCCAUACGCCAGGAGAGGGCCAAGUAGAGGCGAUAGAAGGGGAUCCCCUCCACCUUUUAAUUGAUUUUUGAACUUAAUGUAGUUGUCUUUGUUUAACGAUUGCUCAAUUUACAAAAACACUUGAGAAACUUUUUAAAUUAAAGAAAAAGUAUACGAAAAGAAAACGCAACAAUCAAUAUCAAAUUUAAUUUCAAGGCAUUACUUUUUCAUUUUUUUACUUAUCAUGUCUUGAUCUUCCCAAAGCUAAUUUAGAAAAUUGUUUCUGAAUAUAAUUAAUAACUUCUAAAUAUAUUGAAAUAUUUAUUAUUCAAUCUAUUUUGUUAAACAAAAAAAAUGAAAGUAGACCAAAAACCUAGAACAUGAUUUUCCUGAACCUUGAUCAUAAAUAGUUUAAACCCUUCUAAAGUUAAUUUUCAACUGAAAAAAAUCAUAUAAAAUAUUUUUAGCUAUUUUAAUUUGAGUUUACAAUUCU